GGCGGCUACUGUGGGCGGGCCCUGGCCUUUUCCAGCCCCUGGGCCUCCCCCUGCAUUCUGGAGUCCAGAGCCACUGCCUUUGCUCCAGCCGCUGCCGCCCCAUCACCUCUCCUUCCCUGCCUCUGACCCUCCUUCUCGCAGCUCCCUCUGUCCAGCUGUUCCUCCCACCUGGCCAUGACCACAGCCCCUGCUGGGACCCUGGCCCAGCCCUGAGUCCUGGGACCCUUGGCCCCCUCCCCUGGGCCAUGGCCAACUCAGGCCUCCAGCUCCUGGGCUACUUCUUGGCCCUGGGUGGCUGGGUGGGCAUCAUCGCUAGCACGGCCCUGCCACAGUGGAAGCAGUCUUCCUACGCAGGCGACGCCAUCAUCACCGCCGUGGGCCUCUAUGAAGGGCUCUGGAUGUCCUGCGCCUCCCAGAGCACCGGGCAGGUGCAGUGCAAGCUCUACGACUCGCUGCUCGCCCUGGACGGUCACAUCCAGUCAGCACGGGCCCUGAUGGUGGUGGCCGUGCUCCUGGGCUUCGUGGCCAUGGUCCUCAGUGUGGUUGGCAUGAAGUGCACACGGGUGGGAGACAGCAACCCCAUCGCCAAGGGCCGUGUCGCCAUCUCCGGGGGUGCUCUCUUCAUCCUGGCAGGCCUCUGCACUUUGACUGCCGUCUCAUGGUAUGCCACCCUGGUGACCCAGGAGUUCUUCAACCCAAGCACACCUGUCAAUGCCAGGUAUGAAUUUGGUCCAGCCCUGUUUGUGGGCUGGGCCUCAGCUGGCCUGGCCGUGCUGGGGGGCUCCUUCCUCUGCUGCACGUGCCCGGAGCCAGAGAGACCCAACAGCAGCCCGCAGCCCUACCGGCCCGGACCCUCCACUGCUGCCCGAGAACCAGUUGUUAAAUUGCCCGCCUCCGCCAAGGGCCCCCUGGGUGUGUAAUGUCCAAUCCCCAACCAGGCUCUGUCCUCUGCCAUACCUAGACUGUGUGUUUCAUAUUUUUUGGAAAGAGAAGUGAACAUCCAGCCCCAAUCAUGGUGUCAUUUGGUCUGUCCUUGGCAUGGCUUGGGCGGGGACUGAGACAGAGUGGUCAGUGCUGACCCCUGAGGCUCUUGGGCAGAAAGAUGAGGAGACACCAGGCCAGGGUGGGUUCCACAGCACAUCCAAGGCUGAGCAGGAAAUAAUUCAGGGCUCCUACUCCUUUCCUAGGGACCCCACUCCCAAGCCUGGCCUUGGCCUUGGCACAAGGUCUCCUUAAUGGGAGACCCCACCCACCCUGGAGGCUGCCCUUGAGGCUGGCCCAGCUCUGAAAGCAGGCCCCAGGGGCGGGGAGCCCCUGGUGUGGACAUAGGCCACAAGGUAAACCCUGCCCCUGUUACCUGGUUCACCCCUGAGAGCCCUCCUAAGGGAAGCGACAAUUCCUAGAAGGCUCUCCAACUGGAUGCUGAGGAUCAGAGGUAGGUAAAGGGACACAGUGUAGGAGCCCGCCACAUGGAAGAGGGAAUGCAGGGCAGACAUUAGGACCUUGCAGGCAUUAGGACUGUCCUGAGCAAGCUCUGCAGACCCCAGCUCUGCUCACCCCAGUCCUGCCCCUCGUUUCCACACCUACCACUCCUCCUCUCCAGCUCAGCGAAGGGCCAAGAUCUCUGCCCUAGAACCAGAGUGGUGAGGGGGCAGCCUAAGGCUGCCCAGAGACUGUGGCUGGAGCUGUGUGCUGCACCUAGCAGUGCAGUCAGAGCUAGAAGGGCUUCUGGUCUUGAAGUCCAGGUGCCAUCCCUGCUUAGUAUAGAGGGGGAAGGGCCUGAGAGGAAUGUAGGGAAACCAGCCCCAUCAGUCCCAAGGCUGCAGUCCUUUGACCAACACCUCCCAGAACCAGAGUGUACCAGCCCCGCCCCUCAUGCUCAGGCCUCUCCCACCCCAAACCCUCUUCCGGGACUCUGAGUCUCCCUGGCCACUGCAUUGCAGGCGUCGUGAGAGAGCACAUCCGUCACUGAGCCUCCCUUUCCCUGCCAGGCACCUUGCUGGGCCAGCUUCAUUCUUGCCUCCUCCACCACCUGUCUUGUGACCACAUCUCCCAUUAACUCCCCAGAUCUCAAGAAUGCAGCUCAGCUUCUCCUUCGAGUUUAUCUCUGAGAAGGAAAGUGAUGGAAACCAAGUCAGCGGAGACGACUGCCAUGUAUACUGCAGCCGAGGGUGGGGGUGGGAGGAAGUGACACAAAUGACAGGGAGCCGCUGGGGGACUGACCCCUCGGAGCUUGGCCGGGCCAGUGCACACACCCAGUCGGGGUGCUGCAGGGGCUCGUCCAGCCUAUGGUUGGAGGGCUGUGGCCACCUGGCUUAAACAGGUUCCCCAGAGUCCUGCCGCUCUAAUCAUGAAGUGAGAACGGCAAGAGUGUCUCCUCUGGGUGCCUGAAGCUAUAGUGUAGUGGUUUCCAACCUUGUGUGCACAUUUGAGUCACUAAGGGGCGCAAUGCCCACGCUCCAACCCCAGACAUCCUGACUUCAUUGGUCCUGGGUGGACCUGGGCACCUGAGGUCAUGUAGCUUCUCAGGGGACUGCAGUAUGUGGUCAGCACCGAGGGCACCUCUAUGAGGCCUCCAGCCCAGGUGACUCUGUGGGGUCUGCGGAGAGAGAAAGAAACCCACAAGAAAAGAGGUGGAGGCAGGACACAGUGAGAUCAUGCUUGUAAUCCCAGCACUUUGGGAGGCUAAGGUAGGUGGAUCACCUGAA